CGAUCUGUCAAAUGUCAUUUAUAAAGUAAGGUUACAUUAAAAUUUUGUCUAAAACAUCAAUUAAUUGAUAUGUUAAGUGAUAAAUAAAGUAUUCAAAUGGCAAAUCGAACUGUAAAAGAUGCGAAAUCCGUUCACGGUACAAACCCUCAAUAUUUAAUCGAAAAAAUCAUCCGUUCUCGUAUUUACGACUCAAAAUAUUGGAAAGAAGAAUGUUUUGCUUUAACUGCAGAGCUUUUAGUUGAUAAAGCUAUGGAAUUACGUUUUGUGGGUGGUGUACAUAGUGGUAAUGUAAAACCAACCCCUUUUCUCUGUUUAACCUUAAAAAUGCUUCAAAUCCAACCUGAAAAGGAUAUCGUCGUCGAAUUCAUAAAAAACGAAGAAUUUAAAUAUGUUAGAGCAUUAGGUGCUUUUUAUAUGCGUUUAACGGGAUCUUCAUUAGAUUGUUACAAAUAUUUGGAACCUUUGUACAAUGAUAAUCGUAAAUUACGACGUCAAGAUCGUUCAGCUCAAUUCGAAUUGGUUCACAUGGACGAGUUUAUUGAUGAUUUAUUAAGAGCCGAUCGAGUUUGUGAUGUUAUUUUACCAAGAAUACAGAAAAGACACGUUUUAGAAGAAAAUAACGAGAUAGAAGCCAAGGUUUCCGCUUUAGAAGAUGAUUUGGAUGAAGAAAUAGAGUUUGAAGAGGAAAAAUUUAAAGUUGAAAAUGUCGGGAAGAAAAAAGAAGAGAAAGAGAGGCACAAAGAAAAGAAGAGGGACAGGAGUAGGAGUAGAUCUAAAGAAAGGAGAAGAGAAAAGGACAAGGAAAAGUAUCGAAAGGAGAAGGAGAAGAAGGACAGGAAGGAAAAGGAUAGGAAAAGAGAUGAUGAUCGAAAACGAGAUGACGAAAGGCGAAGAGAUGAUGAUCGAAGGAGGGAUGAUCGAAGAAGGGAUGAUGAUAGAAAGAGAGAUGAUGAAAGGAGGAGAGAUAGAGAUCGUGAUAGAUAUCGAUAAAAUAAUAAAAAAUUGUUUUUUUUUUAAUAAAAAUAAAAUAAAUUGAAAUGAUUUAA